AUGAGCAUAAAGCAAGAAGACUCUGGGUCUUUGCAGCCUGAGAUGACAUCCAAACUCUCCGCUUCAACCCUCCCCCCUCCGGAGAAGCCCAGCGCCAUACAGACUCGGUCUAAGGUUGUGGCCGCCUUUUGGGCCGUGAUCCUUUUUCUGGGCUUCCCGAUAUGGUGGAAGACGACGUCUAUCUAUCGUGCCGAAUUGCCCAUCCAAGAGAUGCUCGACUGGGCUGGCGGAAAGAGUUGCCGCCCUGUGUUCCCGCUGGAGAUCCGAUUUGAGACUCCAUCUCUACCAGACGUUGAAGCGCAGCAGCUUCUCCGGAUCACUCAACAUACCCUAGACGAUUUAAACGAGUUCACCGCGCACCAUCUACGCUUGAAGCUGGCCGAAGAUGAGGCAGAGCAGACAACCCAGAAGGCUGAUACGGCGCUGACGGUUCGUCUGCAGGCGCAGGGUGAUUUAACAGGCCCUCGCUCAGAGCUUCGCACAGACACAACUAUGCUUGAUAUCUUCUAUCCGCCGAGCCAAAUCCCACCCCCUUCUUCACCCAACUCGCCUCUCGCGUCUUUUAUCGCCGCGGAAUUGCAGCAUUUAUUUUCAGAGGAGAAAGCGAUCAUGUCACACAUAUUGUCGAAUAAUGCAAUUGGCAACUACGCCGUCUCUACGCCAAACAGUCUGGCGCACCAGAUUUCCCCACAGCUCGCGGAGAGUAUCACGAAGCGGCUAAGACGGUCGAUGAAAUAUGCAGAGACGUACCACCUUGCGUUCUCUCUAUUUACUCCAGGGCCUGCGCCCUCCUCUUGGGAUAUCGAAUCCGCCGUCCAGGGAUACAUCUCUCCUAUUGUUCAGGCAUUGUCCCCCAUCAGCAAUUUCACUGUAGACACCCAAGUCCAGCUUUACGCAACUUUCUCGCCUACGACACCUGUUCCUGAGUACGACGAGACACAAGGAGUUUGGACUCUUAAGGAAGAAAACCUUAGCGCCUUUAUCAACGCUGCUGAAUGGCCGUUAAACCCCAGCAUCGGAAGUGGCCCAACAAUAAACUUCAUCCUCUACGUGCCCGCCCCCUCGCAGUCUCCAUUGCUCGUCCAAGAGAGCAAAGCUACUAGCUGGAUCAUCCCUCAAUGGGGCGGCGUCUUUAUCCUCAAUCCCCCUCUCUCAACAACUGACGGCUCAGCCCAGUCCAACCCACCGCACCUCCCCCGUGACGCCCUCCGCGCCCCCUUCCUCACCUUCUCCCACCAGCUCCUCAGCCUUCUCGGCACCCCCUCAACACCGCCCUCCCUCCCCUUCCGCCUUCAGACCCUCAUCCGCAUUCGCGCCGCAACAGUCCUCCUCUCCGCCUCCUCAACAAUGGGCUCCCUCGCCCGUCUAACAGAGUCACUCCCGUCUAUUCCCAUCCCCGCAACAGUCGCGUCCUCUGUCGCAACAACGCUUUCCCAUCUCUCGUCUUCAUGCGAAAGCCUACAGAAUGGACAGUUUCAGGCUGCGUUGGCUAGUGCCCGUGUUGCGGAGGCGGAGGCCGAAAGGAGCUUCUUUGAGAAGAGUAUGGUUGGUCAGAUGUACUUUCCGGAUGAGCAUAAGGUGGCAGUUUAUUUGCCGCUAUUGGGGCCCAUUGGGGUCCCACUGGUACUGGGGCUGUUGAAGGAGGUUAAGAGGGUAGUUACGGGGUGGAAGGCUAGGAGGCAAGGGGUUGUUUCGUGA